UUCAACUCCAAGAAACAACCAAAUCUCGUUUAUAGAAAACGAACAACAAUAAACUCCAUUUCCAUUUCGCAACUCACAAUUUAUACACUUUCCAUGUCAUUUUCAUGUUCAUAUUCACAUUGUUUAUGUAACAAAACAAACCCUCAAAAACCUUACAUUAUUAUUAUCAAAAUAUGAAAUCAUCAUCUAGUAUUAUUCCUACAACAACAAAGCAUAAUAGUAGUAAUGGCAAAAGAUUCAUCAUUUCUUGUUUCUUCUUCAUCUUGUUUCUUUGCACCUUAGCUUCAAUUAACGAGAUUCGAUUCGAGAGCUUAUCGAAUCUAAGCAAAUGUGCUUUCUCUCCUUCUCUUGUUUCUAACUCGUCCUCCUCGGAUUCUCUCCCGCUCUCUUUACGAACAAUCAAAUCCUCCUUUUCUUCUUCUACUUCUUCUUCUUCUUCUUCUUCGGGGGAGGAUGAGAUUCGGAUCCUCGUCGGUGUACUAACGUUGCCGGAUCAGUAUCAAAAACGACAUUUCUUAAGGAUGAUCUACGGAACGCAGUCACCGGAGGGAGCAAGAGUUGAUUUGAAGUUUGUGUUUUGUAACCUUACAAAGGAAGAUCAAAAAGUGUUGGUUGCCCUAGAGAUUAUGCGUUACGACGACAUCAUUAUCCUUAAUUGUCAAGAGAACAUGAAUAAGGGUAAGACGUACACUUAUUUUUCGAGUCUCCCUCAUAUAUUUAGUAACAAUGAGGGUCCUUACCCUCCGUACCACUACGUCUUAAAAACCGACGACGAUACGUAUUUUAGGUUGGAUAAUUUGGUCAAGUCCUUAAGGCCUUUGCCUAGGGAGGACUUGUACUAUGGAUAUGUUAUCCCGUGUCCUAGUAUGGACCCGUUUGUUCAUUAUAUGUCCGGAAUGGGAUAUCUCGUGUCGUGGGAUUUGGUGGAAUGGAUCAAGGAAUCAGAUAUCCCGAAAUCUCAUCUGGAGGGUCCUGAGGAUAAAAUAUUUGGAGACUGGAUGCGAAAUGGUCAUCGAGGUAAAAAUCGGUUUAAUGCUAAAUGGUCGAUGUAUAAUUAUCCAAUUCCGCACACAGGGUGUACCCAUGAACUAUGGCCGGAUACAAUUGCUGUUCAUCUUUUGAAGACACAAGAAAAAUGGAUCAAAACAUUGGAAUAUUUCAAUGUUACCAAACAUCUUAAGCCAUCGAAAUUGUACCAUAUUCCUUAGGGUGGAUUUUUAUAAUAUGAUUUUGGCCAUUCUUUUUUUAGUAUAUCGUUAUAAGUUUAUACAAAAUUUUAUUAUUCCUUUCCAAUUUUGAGUUAAUUACUUUUGUAUUGUACUUAGUAUUAAUUACAAGAGCCCUCAAGAUAAUA